AGAAUUGUGUUUGUGUAUUUGUGACGGAGAAAAUCUUGAUUUUUGAGAAACGGUGCGCCGAGCCCCGCCUUUCAGUGCAAAUUUUAUCUGCACUUCCGUUGUCAGAGUUUUAGAGUGAUGACAAAUAUAGCAACAUGACCGAGAAGAUAACGCUAGCCGACGCCCUCUCCAAUGUGGAAGUGCUCGACGAGAUUCCGCUGCCCGACGAGCAGCCCUGCAUUGAGGCCCAGCCCUGUUCAAUUAUCUAUAAGGCGAAUUUCGAUACGAACUUUGAGGAUCGCAAUGGUUUCGUUACGGGCAUUGCCAAAUACAUCGAGGAGGCGACUACCCAUGCAAAUCUGAACGUUUUGCUGGAUGAGGGUCAGAAGCAUGCGGUUAUGCUUUACACCUGGCGCUGCUGUUCGCGUGCCAUUCCACAGCCCAAGUCGAAUGAGCAGCCCAAUCGUGUCGAGAUCUAUGAGAAAACUGUGGAAGUAUUGGCGCCCGAGGUGAAUAAGCUGCUCAACUUUAUGUACUUCCAACGCAAAGCAAUUGAGGCAUUCUCGGGCGAGGUGAAACGAUUGUGUCAUGCAGAGAAACGCAAGGAUUUCGUUUCGGAGGCGUAUCUCUUGACGCUGGGCAAGUUCAUCAACAUGUUUGCCGUGCUUGACGAGCUGAAGAACAUGAAGUCUAGCGUGAAAAACGAUUAUUCCACGUAUCGACGGGCGGCACAGUUCCUCAAAGUGAUGUCCGAUUCACAUACGCUGCAGGAGUCGCAGAAUCUGUCCAUGUUCUUGGCCACACAGAACAAGAUUCGUGACACCGUCAAGGAUACGUUGGAGAAGAUCGUUGGCUAUGAGGAUCUGCUGUCGGAUGUGGUCAACAUCUGUGUCCAUAUGUUCGAGACCAAGAUGUAUUUAACGCCCGAGGAGAAGCAUAUGCUCGUGAAAGUCAUGGGUUUUGGUCUAUUUCUGAUGGACAGUGAUGGCUGCAACAUUAACAAACUGGACCAGAAGAAGAAGAUCCGUUUAGAUCGCAUUGAUCGCAUCUUCAAAAAUCUGGAGGUGGUGCCGCUCUUUGGGGAUAUGCAAAUCGCACCAUUUAAUUACAUAAAGCGCAGCAAGCACUUCGAUUCGAGCAAAUGGCCGUUGUCCAGUUCGAAUGCAAUCAGUCCACAAGCGGAUCUAAUGGUGCAUUUGCCGCAGAUACGCGAGGAUCAUGUCAAAUACAUAUCCGAGCUGGCGCGCUAUACCAACGAGGUGACCACCACCGUCAAGGAGAAUCCGUCGGAUGCCGAGAAUCGCAUUACGGCUGAUUUGGCACUGCGCGGCCUCCAGCUGCUCUCCGAGUGGACCAGUGUCGUAACGGAGCUCUAUUCGUGGAAGCUGCUGCAUCCCACGGAUCAUCAUCAGAAUAAGGAUUGCCCCGUGGAGGCCGAGGAAUACGAGCGCGCCACUCGUUACAAUUAUACGUCGGAGGAGAAGUUCGCUCUGAUCGAGGUCAUAGCGAUGAUCAAGGGCCUCCAAGUGCUCAUGGCACGCAUUGAGACGGUCUUGUGCGAGGCCAUUCGACGCAACAUAUACUCGGAGCUACAGGAUUUUGUGCAGCUUACGCUUCGCGAACCGCUGCGCAAGGCGUUCAAGAAUAAGAAGGAUCUCAUCCGGAGCAUCAUUAUGUCGGUGCGUGAAACAUCCGCUGAUUGGCAGAAGGGUUAUGAGCCCACCGAUGAUCCCGUGUCCAAGGGCAAAAAGGAUACAGAUGGCGGAUUUCGAAUCCAUGUGCCACGCCUAAAUGUUGGCCCCUCGUCCACCCAGCUGUAUAUGGUGCGCACCAUGCUGGAGUCUCUGAUUGCAGACAAGAGUGGUGGCAAGCGUACUCUGCGCAAGGACAUCGACGGCAACUGUCUCAUGCAGAUUGACACGUUCCACAAGACCUCAUUUUAUUGGAGCUACCUGCUCAACUUGAGCGACACCCUGCAGAAGUGCUGCGAUCUCUCCCAGCUGUGGUAUCGCGAAUUCUAUCUGGAAAUGACCAUGGGUCGUAAGGUGAACAAGUGUUUGGUGCGUCAUACGCAUAACGAGGAGUGCAAGGAUCUGAUCACCAUGGAGAAACGCAUACAGUUCCCCAUUGAAAUGUCAAUGCCCUGGAUUCUCACCGAUCACAUACUCCAAACCAAGGAGCCCUCCAUGAUGGAGUUUGUGUUGUAUCCAUUAGAUUUGUACAACGAUUCAGCGCAUUAUGCGCUCACUGUCUUCCGCAAGCAAUUCCUCUACGACGAGGUCGAGGCCGAGGUCAAUUUAUGCUUUGACCAAUUUGUCUACAAACUCAGUGAACAGAUUUUUGCCCACUACAAACAGCUGGCUGGAAGCAUUUUCUUGGACAAACGUUUUCGUCUGGAGUGUGAAGUUCUCGGCUUUAAUUUUCAAUCAUAUCCACGCAAUAAUCGCUAUGAGACACUGCUGAAACAACGACAUGUUCAGUUAUUGGGCCGUUCCAUUGAUCUGAACAAACUGAUUACGCAACGCAUCAAUGCAAAUAUGCACAAAAGCAUCGAAUUGGCCAUCAGUCGCUUUGAGGGCAAUGACAUCACUGGCAUUGUGGAACUUGAGGGUCUUUUGGAGGCUAAUCGCAUUUGUCACAAAAUGCUCACCAAGUAUCUGGCUUUGGAUAAUUUUGAUGGCAUGGUUAAGGAAGCUAAUCAUAAUGUCCUCGCGCCCUAUGGUCGCAUCACAUUGCACGUCUUUGUCGAAUUGAAUUACGAUUUUCUUGUUAAUUACUGCUAUAAUGCUGCCACAAAUCGCUUUAUACGCACCAAGGUCAAUUUAUCGUCAACGCAGCCCAUUCAGCGGGAGAAGCCGCCCCAGAUGUCCCACUACUAUCUGUGGGGCUCAAAGCAGCUGAAUGCCGCUUAUACCACCCAGUAUGGGCAGUAUACGGGCUUUGUGGGAUCACCACAUUUCCAUGCCAUGUGCCGGCUGCUGGGAUAUCAGGGCAUCGCUGUUGUCAUGGAUAUAAUACUCAAGGAUAUUGUAAAGCCUCUAAUACAGGGCUCACUGCUGCAGUUCACCAAAACACUUAUGAUUGCCAUGCCCAAAUCUUGCAAACUUCCACGCUGCGAAUACGGUUCGCCCGGCGUGCUCAGCUACUAUCAGGCUCAUCUCACGGACAUUGUGCAAUAUCCGGACACAAAAACGGAACUAUUUCAAUCGUUCAGAGAGUUUGGCAACUGCAUUAUCUUUUGCCUGUUGAUCGAGCAGGCUCUGUCGCAGGAGGAGGUCUGCGACCUGCUUCACGCAGCGCUCUUCCAAAACAUAUUUCCCCGACCAUUCUGCAAAGAGAAUGAAAAGCCGGAGGCUAAGCAGAAGCGUCUUGAGGCUCAGUUUGCCAACUUGCAAAUAGUGUCGAAUGUGGAGAAAAUUGGCACUGCUAAGCAAGCAAUGAUAGCACGCGAGGGAGAUCUGUUGACACGCGAGCGCCUCUGCUGCGGCCUGAGCAUCUUUGAGGUUAUCUUGAAUCGCGUCAAGAGCUAUUUGGACGAUCCCGUAUGGUGUGGUCCACCACCAGCCAAUGGCAUCAUUCAUGUGGAUGAAUGUUCCGAAUUUCAUCGGUUAUGGUCCGCCUUACAGUUUGUCUACUGUAUUCCCGUGCGCGGUACAGAGUACACCAUCGAAGAGCUCUUCGGCGAGGGUCUUAACUGGGCUGGUUGUGUCAUGAUUGUGCUGCUUGGCCAGCAGCGUCGCUUCGAAGCUCUCGACUUUUGCUAUCACAUUCUGCGAGUACAGCGCGUCGAUGGUAAAGAUGAGGAUGUAAAGGGCAUUCAAUUGAAACGCAUGGUGGACCGCAUUAGACGCUUUCAAGUAUUAAAUUCACAAAUUUUCUCAAUACUUAACAAAUAUUUGAAGGGCGGCGAUGGUGAGGGCUCAAAUGUGGAGCAUGUGCGUUGUUUUCCGCCGCCACAGCAUCCAUCGGUAAUAUCCUCAUCGUCACACUAUCAGGAUCCACAAAAGCUGCGGCAAAGCAUGAACAAUUGAUUUGCAUUCAUGUUGCAUUUAAGCUAAUCGUAGUAGACACUAACGUUAAUAUUUAACCAGAAUUACAAUUUCAAUUUACACACACACACAAUAUGCGGGCAUUUACGGCAGGAUUUGGAAAAAACAAAAAACUGUAUGUGUCCUGCCUGAGAAUACAUUCGAUUUUAUUACAAUUGUUUAUUUUUUUUGUUGUGAGAUAUAUAUCCUUUACACUAUGUAUAUUCUAUUAUGCAAUUACAUAGACAUAUAUAUUGCUAUAUAUAUUUAUAGAUUUACCACUAAAUUCCAUGCUACAAUCUAUUGCAUUCUCUUUAUAAACUAUUUCAAAUAUUGUAUGUGCAGUGCUGAGUGAAAAAAAAAACAAACAAAACUAUUAAUUUUGCUUAAUAAUGCGAGAAUCAAAUUAGCCAAAGAAUUGACACGACGAUGGGCAAAAAUGAAAAAAAAAACGAAAAGUAUUAAUAAUAAAAGAGAAAUAGCCAAUUACCCAGCGCGCAUAUAAAGAAAACUAAAUAAAUAUGCAUGUGAAACCGAAUUGACAAUACAUACGCCAUUAUAUACGUAUGUAAACAGAUACAAGAUACAUAAACACACACACACAUAUAUACACAAUCUUAAUACAAUGAAAUUUAUCGAAUAAAAUUUUCAUACGUAUUUCUAACAAACCCUUAAA